AUGGGUGUCUCUGACGUUGAAACACUGGACGGCAUCGAGACUAUUCCGGAAACGUUUCGAGAGGAUGCUGAAACCCACAAAGGAUUCAUGGAAAAGGCGUUAGAGAUGGCGGAAGAGGCUCUGAGCAUUGGUGAAACUCCAGUCGGUUGUGUCGUUGUGGCCAAUGGCGCCAUCAUCGCAUCAGGUAUGAACGACACAAACAGGUCUUUAAAUGGCACUCGACACGCGGAGCUCGUUGCUAUAUCAGAAGCACUCAAACUUCAUCCCGCCAGUGUCUUUGCAUCCGCCGAUCUAUAUGUCACCGUCGAGCCGUGCAUCAUGUGUGCUUCGAUUCUAAGACAAUAUCACAUCAAGAAUGUGUUUUAUGGCUGUGGAAAUGAACGGUUUGGUGGAAAUGGGAGUGUGCUUUCGAUUCAUUCAGAUUUCGGUAUCGAUCCACCUUAUGCAAGUCAUGGAGGGCUGUAUCGAAAGGAAGCGGUCAUGUUGUUGAGGAGGUUCUACAUUCAGCAUAAUGAGAAGGCGCCGAAUCCGCGCCCAAAGAAGGGACGUGAGCUGAAUACCUCCUUUGAGCCGACAUGA